CUUUAUUGUUUACUCUUAUGUAGCUUCAGUGUUACAAACCUUCUACAUAUUUAUUAAUUACUAAAAAGUGAUUUUGUUAAAUUAUCAAGUAAUAUUUCAAUUUACAGUUUCAAUUUCAAUCUUACAUUUGUUUACUUCAAUUGUUCAAUUUCAGAAGAUAAAUCGGCGACUUGAUCAGUAGAUUGCUAUAACAAAAUGAGUCAUUUUAGUUCCCCAAUGCCUGCCAGGGAAUUUCUUUGGGAUGUUUUCCAAAGAGUUGAUAAAGAUAGAAGUGGAUUCAUUAAUGCAGAUGAAUUGGGUUCAGCUUUAUCUAAUGGUACUUGGAGUCCAUUCAAUCCCGAAACAGUUCGGCUGAUGAUAGGUAAAAGAAUUCUUUAUAAAAUACAAUUUAAUACCUUCACAGGACCUUUACUAUAUUUUUUUCAACAAGGUAUGUUUGAUCGUCAUAACAGAGGUCAAGUCAGCUUCGAAGAUUUUACAUCUUUAUGGAAGUACGUCACAGACUGGCAAAACUGCUUCAGAUCAUUCGAUAGAGACAACUCUGGAAACAUUGAUAAAAGCGAGUUGAAAACUGCUCUGGUAACAUUCGGAUACAGACUGUCCGAUGGGUUAAUAGAUACGCUGAUAAGAAAAUUCGACAGGCAUGGACAUGGAACUAUAUUAUUUGAUGAUUUCAUUCAGUGCUGCAUUAUAUUAUACACUCUAACUUCUUCAUUCAAGCAGUAUGAUACUGAUCAAGAUGGAUACAUUAAAAUCCACUACGAACAAUUUCUUAGCAUGGUUUUCAGUCUGAAAAUUUGAAAUUGAUCUACUGUAUAAUACAAUUAUGGUUAUGUCGGGUUCAAAGUGGAUUAUGAAAGAUAUGACUUCAUGUAAUAAACAGCAUAUAGACUUUAAUACUUUUAACUAUUUGAGGACUCUUGUAAUGUAAAAAUCAUGGAUCAUGGGAAAGCUGGUGAAAGCUUUUAUCUCACGGAAAAGUGGAUGAAACUAUGAAAAAGCCUUUUGGUUUUCUUCUUCUACAUCAGAAUAUAGAAAGUGGAAAACAUUUGAAGAAACAAAAAAAAACAAAUACUCUUUACAAAGAUGUGUAGAUCAGUCUCAAAAACACUUUUUCUUAUUCAUGUUGUAAACCACACAUUCUUCAUGGAAUUGAAACACAUAUCGUUCAUGUACACUAAUAAAACACAAUAUAUGAAAAAAAAUAUUGUUGAGUGUACUUUUAUAUAAACAAACUUUUUUUUUUCGGAAGAUAAUUUUUUUUCUUCUUUUCAAUGGCAUCGACACUAAGCCAUAAUUAGAAACUAUGCAGACUAGUAGCUUCUGAUGGUACAGUAUACCUCAUUUAAUUAUAUUUUGUUAUAAAUUUUGAUUUCUUUGGCAAAACUCCUAAUAGUUUUUAGUUUUUUCUUUUGGUAACCAAUUUUUCAAUGUCUUAUCUCAGCAUAUCCUGACACAUUAAAAUGUGUCUAACAGUUGACUUGCUCGUACAGUGGAUGCAUCUUGACUGUGUUUCUCCUUCAAGCAGUAACAUUUGUGAGAUUAAUAUUAUAAAAAUUCUCAAUCCUGUAGUAGCGGUCUAAUCUCCACUUGUGUUAAGAAGGAGAGAAAAACAGUAUUUUGAAGAAGCUUUUACAUUUAUUAAUUUUGAGUCUGAUCUUUCCCAUUCAUUUUGGAUGUUAUAAUGAUGAUUCACUCAGUUCUUGCAAAAACUUGAAGACUUUGUCACUGGAAGAGACAAAUCUAUACAAUCACAAUGACAGCUAAUAAAAUCAUGCAAACAAAUCAGUUACUCUAAUCCCAGUCAGGGGAAUUUUAUUUAUUGUGAAGGGAAUAUUUUUAAGAGAGAAUUGUUUGAGAAAAAAUUUUGGCUUCCUUUUACAAGUAGAAACCCUAAAGUUUUUUUCCAACAAAAGAACAAUUUUUCCUAAUAAUCAGCCCCUUCUCAAUAAAUGAAAUGUCUAUGUCCGGGACUAGAAGUAACUAGUUGUAUGAAUCAAAUGAAACUAUUUUUUCUACUCUAGAACAAAAGCUCUUUUUUGGUGCAUGUUUCUAAACAUUUUAGCAUGUAUAACAAAACACGUGAUGCGGUUUUGUAAACUCUUCAGUGAAUAUCUCACAAUAAAAUGUUACUUGAAAACAUUAUUGAUUUUCAUCAAGUAUCGGCCAACUCCAUCACAAGUUGUCAUCAUAAAUAGAUGACAAAACAGUUUUAGACAUCUACAGAUGAUACUGACUUGGUAAGCAUAAUCAGUAUUCUAGUGUUAGGAAAGUGUUUUCAAUAGAUUUAUUUUUCACCAGAGAUUAUGAAAUUGUCAUUGUCGAAUUAUACAAAAGUGAGGGAUUUGUCUUUAUUAGACAUCCAGAAAAGUCAUAAUAAGGAGUUGGAGAGUAGUGUUUUUACCUGAAAUAGGUACCUAAAGGUUCACAGAUUUGAAGCUUUUUAAGUGAAAUUUUAUAACUAUACUCUUGAAUAUAUUACCAUGUAUUAAUAUUCCUCUGUAUGAUAUCUGUUUCACUUUUGAAUGAAUAAGAAGACUGAAUAACAAAAAGUUGAUAUUGGAAUAUAUUUAUUUUUUUCUUUUUAUGUCUACGAGUUUCCCACUUUCUGUAUGUUGAAGAAGAGGUGAAAAGCCAAAAGGUAAGGUAUUAUUUAUUCUGCAGCUAAAUAAAAACUGUUCAGUGUGAAUCUCACAAUGAAGUGUUACUUGAAUACUUUAUGGAUUUCCAUGAAGUAUCGACCUAUUCUAAUCACAUACUCAUAAAUGGAGUUGACAUAUCGUAUCUGGCACUCAUCAACUUUUUUGUUUCCAGUAUCAUCUGAUUGUUGACACCUAGUAUAGAUUCGAUCUAUUCCUGCUGGCAGUUCCUUUUUUAAGACAUUCCCAGACUUAAUCUUCCUCUUGAAGAUGAUCACUUGGUGAUCGAAACACAUGUUGAGGUGUUAAAAAUUACGAUUUGGUGUUGAAAAAAAAGUCCACUAAUAUUCAUUACUACACCAAAGGUUCCAAACAGUGCAUCACAUUCCCAGACUAGUCUCAAUGCCACUCUUGAGUUCCUCAUUGCUCUCAGAGUGUGACCAUCAGUUUAUCGAUCUACCAAGCCCAAUCUCUUUGACCUCUAAUUGAUAUUCCUUGUUUUAUUGUAGAUUUGCAUACACUUCCACCUGGAAGUCGGAUGCCUAUUAGCCGAGCAGAUAGCUGUUAUAUAAAUUUCAGUAUAUUUCAGCUCCCUUCCCAUACUCGGUUUUGGUCCUGUCUAUAUAACAGUUAUUUCUGUCGAGCAUGUUCUUCAGGAAACUAUUCAUAAUUUACUCUUUCCGUUUUGUGAUUUUAAUCGUGAAGUUUGUGUUGAAGUUGGUUGGUCAUUUAUGUCGAGGAA